CCCCAAGGUACCGGAGUCACCGGACGUAUGAAAAGUCAUGUGAGAAACUGCACUUUACACUAUACUGAACUGAAGAAAGACAACAUUCACAUCCGACAACGGGGGAGAUGGACAUGAAACAUCUAACUUGUUAAUUUAAUUUAAGACGGUUUGUUGUAUAAGGAGAUAUAGUAAGAACAAACUACACAUGGUGGGAAUGGGAAGAAUUCUGGGGUCUCUGCUGCCAGCGGCUCUACUGAUUGGCUCAGCCCUCUGUAUGGGCGCGGUCAGUCUAACCCUAAGCCACACCUCUAGGGUCAGAGUUCACAAAGGGAGGAACCUCACACUGACCUGCAUGAACGCAACACAUGCAGGAGUGGUCCAGUACUGGCACACCCCUUUCGGUCGGGUCCAGAACAGCAGUCUUCAUGCCAGCCAGAAGGAUGUGGUUGCUAUGCAACGAGAUGGUAGCCUGCGGAUCCACAUUGCUUCUCCUCACCACAGCGGGCUGUACUACUGCCUCCUACUGGCUGGAGGACAAACUACACUCACACCCUACCUGCUGUCAGUACUGUUGACUGCCAGCAGUCCACAGGACCAUGCGGUCGAACACAGGCGGGUGGUCAGGAGUAUGCUGGGUGGUCAUGGAGAGGAGAGGGAUGUUGCCGUAGUUUCUGACGGUGUGUUUGCGGCGGCGGUGGCGGCAUCAGUAGUGGUGACGUUCCUGGUGGGGUUCAGCUCUGGAGCUUUGAGCAGGACACUACUGGACAGGUGGGUGAAUUGGGUGCGUUCGCUAGGACAGGAACGUCGUAACCAUGGUGAAACAGUCAGCGUGGCAUUCCGGAAGGAUGUGGAACAAGAGAAUGAGGAUUACUCUGCCUCGACGACAAGCGUUACCAUGGAGAAUGUAAGCCCAUCUCCACCAGCCAAACCUCAGAGAAGCUUCAGGGGCAAACAUCAUGAAGAGACUGCUUACAUGGAGGGCUGCCACCAGGGGAGAGGAGAGGAAGGGAGGGAGAGGGGAGGAGAAGAGGGGAGGGAGGUGGGAGACAGCACAGAUGGAAAAAAGAGCAGGAGAGUGGGGGAGGAAGAAAGGAGUGACAGUGAGGAAGGGAGAGAGGGAAAGGAGGGGAGGAAUGAAAGUGACAGGGAGGAAGGAAGAAGAGAGAGUGAGGAAGGGAGAGAGGGAAAGGAGGGGAGGAAUGAAAGUGACAGGGAGGAAGGAAGAAGAGAGAGUGAGGAAGGGAGAGAGGGAAAGGAGGGGAGGAAUGAAAGUGACAGGGAGGAAGGAAGAAGAGAGAGUGAGGAAGGGAAAGAGGGAAAGGAGGGGAGGAAUGAAAGUGACAGGGAGGAAGGAAGAAGAGAGAGUGAGGAAGGGAAAGAGGGAAAGGAGGGGAGGAAUGAAAGUGACAGGGAGGAAGGAAGAAGAGAGAGUGAGGAAGGGAGAGAGGGAAAGGAGGGGAGGACAGAGUGUAAGGAGAGGAGAGAGAGUGAGGGAGAGGUUGAAGAGGGAGGAUUUAGAGGUGAUAGUAGCAGUGACUCAGAAGAAGGGUCUGUUGGGGUGAGAGAGGGGGGAGUGGAGAGGCAGGGGGAGGGAGCAGCGGGAGAAGAGAGGUGUUCUCCUCCCCGGCCCGCUAGACGGAGCCGUGUGAUUCGUCUGUACCAGUACGAUGAGGAGGGGCAUCGCUAUAGUCACCUGCCAAACCCCGCCCCCAUGGAACGUACUUCCCUCGCUCCCCGGGCCAAGCAGCGCUCGCUGUCCCUCACCAGGCUCAACACCAUCAUGGCUGCUGCCACCGCCAGCCCCCUGGACCCACAGAACCCCUCGGGCCGAGACUCAGACCCCCAGGACUCAGACCCUGAGGAGAGGGACACAGCCAGUCCAGCCAGCCCAUCCCAGGGCCAGGAGAGACCAGUCUUUCAACUGGAGAUAUGACAUACAAGAUCUAAGCCUGUAUUCAUAAAGUGUCUCAGAGUAGAACUGCUGAUAAAUGAUCCGGUCCUAACCUGUCCAUAUAAUCUUAAUCAUUAUGAUAUAAAAGGCGAAACUGGUUCAAGAUCAGCCCUCCUAAUCUUGAUAGAUGCAGCCCGAGCAGAAAGACGAGGGUCAUGUUCAGUCAGGCAUACAGAGACAUUGUACCAAAAUGGUUUGAAACAGAAAACAAAAAUGUGUGUUUCCUACUGGACAACUUUAACAGUUAGUGCCUCGCCAUUUCACUCCAUUGUGAAACAUUUUCUCAAUCACAAAUUCUCACACACAAAUUCCCAGACACACUUAAGAUUUUGACUUGUCAUCACAUCCAGCAGUUUCCAUUAUUGUUUUGUAAAAGCAAUUGGAAAUAAAACAUUAAAAGUAAAUAUUAACUUUG